GUCUAACAUAGCUUUUAAACUGUAAUAGUUUGAUAAAGUUAAAAAAAUUCAAUUUAUCAUAAGUAACACACAUAGGAAAUUUGUUAUUUGUCAGAGGUGUUUAUCAUUUUUGUCACCCUGUCACUGGGGAACUGGACACGAGUAUUCUCAAAGUGCUUUUGUUAUUGAGCAAAUUACCUUUGGGUCAAGUAGAUUCCAGGCGCUAAAGAAACUUACAAAGAAAAUGGACAAUAAAUUGAAAUCAUCCUUGAUAAUUGUGCUGUUCUACGGGAUAUGGGUUCAAUCUGUUUCAAGCACCUUGACCUGCCGGAAUUGUCUAGACUCAAACACAACACUGAUUGUUACUUGUAAAUCAAAUGGAAAUACAACUGAUAUGUGUGCAAAUGAUGUUAUUGAAAACUGCACUUUGACAACAAAUUGUAGCAUACCAGUCAAUAUCAAUGCAACUUCAUCGUACAUGAUCUCUGUGCCAGCCACUACAAAGAGCCAAACACUUUGGACAAACUCAAUUUAUUCAGCUUCACCUUCAAUCAAACCAUCACCAAAGCCAACUUCCAAAUCACCAAACACCACACAGAAACCACACCAACCAGCCAAAUCUGGUAGAAGAUUUGAUGCUGCUUCUUUCAUUGGUGGAAUGCUUCUUUGUGGUGGAUUAAUCCUGCUAGUCUACAUUGCUGUGAGGUGCUUCAGAUCCAGGCCAGACUAUCACAAGUUGUAGUUUGUUAUCUGAAAGUAAUGUUAAUUGAAUAUUGGUAGGAGCUGGUCUUUCUUACAUUGCUGGCAAAAGAUAACUUGAAGCUUUAUGAAAAUUGUCUAGUACUGUUAAUUAGAAUUUACAUCCACAAAGUCAUACACUAUUCAUCUUAUUACUUAUUUCUUAUUAUUUAGAUAAACAAUAACUCAAUCUGAGCAAUUGAACAAUUUUAAGAUUUUAUUGUCUUUUAAGUGAAUGGUUCCAUCAUAGCCAUGGUAUUUGGGUGGUUACUGUUUGUGGUUUAAUGCAAAGGGGAUUUUUUAUUAUUCAUUAAAUCCAUAGUUACAUGCUUCAAGGACAGAUUACUAGUUAUCUUGUUUGAUUGAAAAACAUUUGCUAUCCAUCAUGUCAUUCCAUUGCAUAUUUCUCUAGACUGUUAAUUAAUUAAAAGUUAAUUAAAAUGCUCAGCUUGUUUAUACUAUGUCAAAUUUUCAAUUUUUCAUUCCUUUUCCCAAAUGCUACUUUUUCAACUCCUCCUUUCCCAAGAACAAUUUUGGUAGCUUAAAAGUGUACUUCCAAAUCUCAUUGGUCAUAGUAAACCAAGUUUACAACAGGGGAAAAUGUGGGGGCUAAAUUUGCCCUUGAAAACCAAAGUUAGUGUUCCAAUGCUUAUAGCAGUGAUUUUAGUAAGGCUCCUCUUUGAUUUCAAUAACAUAUGAAGGAUGCGUUGACCCAAAGUAAGACAGAAAAGUUUUUCACAGUGCCUAAAACCUGGAGCAAUGUUGAGAUUGUGUUUCUACUUUAAGGAGGAGGGGCACCUUGUAAUUUAUUUUGUAAUUAUUUUUUCUCAACCACUGUUCUGAGGGGGCUUGUAAUAGAGAAUUUUCUCAGGGAGGAAAAGGCAUGUUUCAAUUAUCUGUUGAUUUUAAUCACCAAUUCCAUCAACCACAGAAUUGUAUUUAUUCAAACUUUUAAUAUUCCCAGGGGUAGGUCAUGAUGGUAAAUCAAAAUAUUGAAAAUUAGAGUUCAUAUCAUUGGCUAAAUUAUAUUUAAAUGCAUUUAUGGGUAAACACAUCAAAGCCUGCAUUUAAUUAAAAAUAGUUAGUUUUGAAGGUACAUUUCUGAUUUGCUGUUUCUAGAAUAGAAAAAUUUAUUCCUUAUUGAUGGUAAAAUUCUUUCAA